CCUCUGUAAGCCUCUAUUCAUCUGCCCCCUCGUGUUCAUUUCCCUCCGUCAGCGCAUCAGCCAGUCGCCACUGCGUGCAAGCUUCUCCUCGUCCGCUGUCUCGCUGUACACAUUCGGGGAAGCCUUCGGAUAGUGUGAAACUGUGCGUCACUUGCCUCGCUGCCCAAUGACAGCCGGUCCUUUUCCUGCCCCUCUAGACCGUCGCAUGACCUCAGAUCGCUUCCUACUCUCAGAAGCACCUUUCUUGUUCAUCCUUUAGGCGUCCCUCAUCUAUAAGCUACCAUUAACAUAUUGCCCUUCUUACGAGCAACGAGUGAAACUUUCGCCCAUCCGGGUACUUGGAACCUCGCUCUCCCCGCGUCGGCCAACAAUUGCAAGAAGCCCCGCGCCACCAGGCCGCAUAUUUAACCACAGUACCUCCGUCAUGACUACACCGCUCAUCCCCGUCUGCCUCCUCAGUUACCCGUCAUGGCCUCCGAGAAGCAAAUGAAGGACCCCCUCCGGGUGGGCGUCGCCAUCCGUGCGCAACUCGAGCGUGAAAUUCCGCGGGACCUGCCUCUCGAGAAGGACUUCCGCGAGGGCUCCGACUACACCAUUACCCACCACGUCAACGAACUGCACCGGAGCCUGGUCAAGGACCCCCGCUCACUACAGCUCAUCAGCACGCUCAUCAACCACCUCCAUACCUUCGCCCGAGAGACAUUGCUCACCCAUGACGAGUGGACGAAGGUUGUCGAGUUCCUCACACGCGUCGGCAAGGAGAGCACGGACUACAAGAACGAGUUCAUCCUCCUCAGCGAUAUCCUCGGCUUCAGCGCGCUCAUCGAUGAACUGAACCACCCCAAACCGCCGACUUGCACUGAGAGCUGCGAGCCUGGGCCAUUCUACUACCCUGGUGCUCCGGAGUUCCCUUCAGGGUGCUCGCUCGCUAAAGCCGGCACGACGGGCGAGCCCAUGUACUUCUCCGCGACUAUCAAGAACACCCGAGGCCAGCCCAUCAGGGGUGCCAAGGUGGACGUGUGGCAAGCCGACGGAGACGGUAUCUAUGAUGUUCAAUACCCUGAUAGCAAAGAAGUCAACGACCGCGGUAAAAUCCUCGCCAAAGACGACGGCACAGUCUCCUACCGUGGCAUCUUGCCCACCGCGUAUCCCAUUCCAAGUGAUGGGCCAGGCGGCGACCUCCUGCGUGCGCUCGGCCGCCAUCCUCACCGCGCUUCGCACAUCCACUUCAUGCUGACCGCGCCUGGGUACGACGAUCUCACCACCGCCCUGUAUCCCUCCCACUCGCCCUUCCUCGGCACGGACCCUGUUUUCGCGACCAAGAUGUCUCUCAUCUGCCCUGUGUACGCAGAACGUGAUCCGAAGAAGUGGAAGGAGAUGGGCUUCAAGGAGGGUGAGGUCACGGGCGGCCAGGUAUGGGUGUGGACGUUCGGCUUUGUGCUCGCGACGAAGGACGAGGUUGAGCAGUUCAAGCGGAAGCGCAUCGGCGCGAAGCUAUGAGCCGCUACGCACCGUUCUGGACUGUUAUUACAUUUGUCUCGCCGACUGUUGCAUGCAAUAUCAUCUCGGAGAUCCUUCCUCCGCCGCUAAGGGCCGCUCGAUAGCGUUUGUAGGUCUUCCCGCGAGAUCAACUCCGGAGUGACGAAUGGAACGCACCCAGGGUCCAGAAAC